AUGGACCAAGCAUCGCUUUCGCCGCCACCAGAAUCGAAAUCCGCUCCUCCCUUGUCAAUCUCUCAACUUCUCCGUCUCCAUUGCCGAGAGCGACUCCUCGUACGUCCGGUCCAUUGGACCGACCGCCAUCUCGAGCUGCUCGGAUUCACAUUUAGCGAACCGGCUCCUGAAUCUAGCCAAAAAAUACCUGUCCUGUACGGGAAGGAAGGUGCCCGUUGUGUUCGCCAUGCCUUUGAAGAUCGAAAGUGGCGUUUUUCCUUUCGCACAACCGUUCUUCCUAUGCUUCUUGCAACCAAGGGACCAUUUGUGCAACGAAAGAAUAUAGUCUUUUCCUUUAACCAACGCGAUAUUCAGACCCUCCAAUGCACCGUAUUUCUACCUAUAGUGCAGCAAGAUCAAGGUGCAUGGCCACCGAUCACUGCUGCCUGUAUUGAUCUCGAGGAACUCAAGGUUCUGCGUUUCGACUUAUUUGUGCUCCCCCGCCGUGCAUUUCGCUACGAAUCAGCCUAUUCUUUGCGCCAUCUUCAGAUAAAGAAAAUUACCCCCAGAAAUCCCCUGCAGGAUCCAUACAUUGUCGCGAUCCUUAUCGCCAUGGCACAGGAAAAUAGAGACCGGGCCGUCCUUCGAAAGGAUGCCAACUUGACCUCAUAUACGGCAUGUGUCCUGCUACGAAUUACUUCGAGCGAUAAAGAUAGCCUUUAUCUAUACAAGGCUUGCAUUUCUGCCAUUGUCCUGGACAAACUCGAGGAUCCUACUUUCGCACCUCCAGAACCAACAUCUAUCAUGGUCAAGAUUAUCGCCAUCCCCUAUCAGCAGUACCAUUCGCUUCGCGAUCGCCUGACCGCUCAUUUACUUCCGGAGCAAGACCUGGCGGCGCUACAGUACGAUUUGGCCAAGAUCCAAGAUACUGAAGGCCAAGGCCAGGGAGGUCAAGAGCUUCCGCGCCCCACGGAAGCAACCGGUGCACUGAUUGCUCGCUGUCUCAUUCGGCGUACUGUUCUGCAAGAUGUGCGAUGCAACGGUUUAUGUCCCUAUUGGAUCUGGUCCAGGAGCCUUUCGCUCUGUCACCUCUUCGGCCAGACCAACCCGGACUCGGAUAAGACUUUAGGUCAGUUAGUCGUGCAGGCUCUCUCACAGCGCAAUGCGGAAACUACUUAUACUAUUGGUCAAGAGAGCGUUAUUAUCAUCCUUGCUGUUUCCUAUUAUCUCAACUUUUCUCACUUUGAGAUAUCAGAUGACUUUCUCAGCGAAUAUCAAAUGCCCUCUCGCACAACUGAUUACUUGAAAGCGAACUCCACAGGAUGGUUUAACCCCAACGACGAGGGUCAUCGCAAGGGUGCUGUGCAUCACAUCUUAGCUAUAUUGGCUUGGGCAUAUGAGCUUGCUGACAAAUGCGAGUUGGAUGAGUUGAUGGAAUGCAGUGAACACGACGUGGAAGGGGGCCCAAGCGGCAGUGAUGACGAGCACAUGGAGUUGUAG